UAGAAAAAGAAAAUAUAAUGCACAUUCUAUUAUUAGAAACCCUAAUUCUAUUUUCAUCUCUACCUCACAUCACAGCCUCCACGCCACGCUCUAACCUCUUAAGCCUUCACUUUCCAAACCCUUAGUCGCCGGUUAUCUUUCUUCAAUCCUCCACUCUCGCAAGCCCUCAGUCGCCGGUUAUCCAGAAAAUCAUGACAGACGACACUCCUAAUGAUGUGAAGGACGAGGUUACAGAACUUGCACCCUUCGAUCCUACUAAAAAAAAGAAGAAGAAGAAGGUUGUCAUACAGGAUAGUGCAGACGAUUCUGUAGAUAAGCUCGCUGAAAAAACUGAAACCUUGUCGGUUGCAGUCUCUGAGGGGCUCGAUAGUACUUUUACUGGUUUGAAAAAGAAGAAGAAGAAACCAGUAGAAGCCAGUAUUUUGAAUGAAGAGAAUGUGGAUACGACAGAAGAUUUGGAUGAUCAUGUUGCAGAAGAUGAAGAAGGAGAAGGACUUGUGCUGCAACAACAGCUUUAUCCUUGGGAUGGGAGUGACCGUGAUUAUGAAUAUGAGGAGCUUCUUGGUAGGGUCUUCAACAUUUUGCGUGAGAACAAUCCAGAGCUUGCUGGAGAUAGGAGAAGAACUGUAAUGCGGCCUCCACAGGUUCUUCGUGAGGGGACAAAGAAGACUGUUUUUGUGAAUUUCAUGGAUCUCUGCAAGACAAUGCAUCGGCAACCAGACCAUGUCAUGGCCUUCUUACUGGCUGAGUUGGGAACAAGUGGAUCACUGGAUGGACAGCAAAGGUUAGUUGUGAAGGGUAGAUUUGCUCCUAAAAAUUUUGAGGGGAUUUUGCGUCGUUAUAUCAAUGAGUAUGUCAUUUGCCUUGGUUGCAAAAGUCCAGAUACUAUACUGUCAAAGGAGAACCGUCUCUUUUUUCUUCGAUGCGAGAAGUGUGGUUCUGGACGAUCAGUUGCCCCAAUUAAAGCUGGUUUUGUUGCCCGGGUUGGCCGCAGAAAUGCAGGGACAUGAGCCUUUUAGAGCUGAGUUAUGUUGCUAUGUUUGCAGUAUAAAAUGUCGGUAUAUGAGGCUUCUAAAGCUGAGAUGUGCUGCUGAAAAUUUUAUGGGACAUGUUCUUCAGCCUCUACCGUAAAUUUUACUCCUGAUGUUUAUCCGAGUGAAAAUGAUUCUAUUUCGUAAGUCCUGAAUUAUAGUUCUGUUAAUUCUGUUUUAAAGAAAGCAGUAUUCGCUUCA